GACCAAAAGUGGCGUAUUUGUAGGAAAUUAUUAUUUUGCCCAAUUCGUUAUCCGAAAGUCCGCGAACUCUGUCCUUUUACUUUUCACGGCAGAGGGAAACAUUGUCCGGCGCUUACCAAAACGAUCGUUCUAACAUGGAGAGCAAAGAAGGAACCGGGGAAACAGAUGCCGACUCUGGACUCAUCUCUGAUUGGGCCGAGUUAACCCACGAGUGCCUCCUCAACAUCCUUUCCCGACUCACUUUCGAACACCGAUGGACCGGUCCUAUGUUUGUCUGCAAACCUUGGCUCAACGCCUGCAAGGAUCCCUCUCUCAACUCCGUCUUCGAUCUCGAAACUCGCUUCGAUUCCUUCUUCGAGUCAACUCGCUGGUGGACCCCCGAGUUCGAAAGAAGAAUUGACGCCAUGCUCCGAUCGGUUAUCUCCUGGAGCAACGGCUCUCUAACCGAGAUCUUUACCCGUCACUGCUCCGAUCUCUCUCUCAAUCUCGUCGCUCAGAGGUGUCCAAAUCUCCAAGUUCUUUCCAUAAAGAGCUGUCCUCACGCAACCGACGCGUCGAUGGCUCAAAUAGCGUAUCAUUGUCGGAACCUUAAGCAGCUCGAUAUCAGUUACUGCUACGAAAUCUCGCACGAAUCUCUAGCGUUAAUUGGUCGGAAUUGUCCCAAUUUGAAGAUCCUAAAACGGAACCUGAUGAAUUGGCUAGACCCAUCGCAACAUGAGGGAGUUGUUCCACCCGAUUAUCUAAAUGCGUGUCCACAAGAUGGAGAUACGGAGGCAGCUGUUAUUGGGAAAUUUAUGCCUCAAUUGGUACAUCUUGAAAUUAGAUUCUCGAAAUUAUCGGCUAAAGGGCUUUCUUCCAUUUGUGAAGGGUGUUUGAAACUCGAGUAUCUUGAUCUGUCUGGAUGUGCUAACUUGACCAGUCGGGACAUCCUGAAUGCGACGUCGAAUUUGAAGGAAGUGAAGGAAGUGAAGAAGCCCAACUUUUACAUACCCAGGUCAGUUUUUCACACUGAGAGAUAUGGGCACUGGAGGUUGUAUGAUGAGAGGUUUCAAACUGAUGUUUUUCGUAUCUAGAAGCAAAAGGGAACAUAUAUCUUUUUCUUGGCUUUACCAUUUGUGUGUUAAGAUGCUAUGAAAUAUCUAUUCAUGUCUGCUUGUAUGAUGGAUUGGUUUUCCGUUUGCUCAGUUUGUAUUAAUGCAGCACUUAUAUUCCCUA